AUGCCAAACAAAGAAGUACGGGACCCACCGGGAAUGCGGGCUCAGCUAGCGUGGCUGCACGGUGAGAUUCAAGUUCAAGGGCUGGGCGAGAUUCGCUCGGGGUCUCUGCCCGCAAAGUUCAGGACCGUGAGCGAUGACGGAUGCCGCCCAUACUUGACCACGAGAUAUACCCGUCGAGCUCAGGGCAAGAAGUGUGUCAAAACACGGUCACUCAUUGCGCGAUAUAUUGAUCUCGAAAUCGAAGAGCGACCGACCAAAAGAGGCAGAACUUCCCCAAAAGGCAAAAGCCCCCCCCCCCCCCCUGCGAGACAGGAAUGUCGUAGCCUAAACGAGGCGCCUGCAUUACUCAUCAUGAUUGUUAUGACCGACCAUGCGGAUCGUCAAUUGUUGAUGUCCCGUCCAGCAGAUGCGAGUACUCUCGCAGCCGAAGUUUCAUCCUCCAGCUCCUCGACAUGGUCGUUGCCUGAUCACCCGUCAACAUCAUCCUCCUCAGCCAAUCUCUCCGCGAGUCAGAUCCUGACCAUCUCGGAUGGUACAUUCGCGCAUACUCUCUGCGUAACAACCACCUCCUUCCCCGUCGCGCUCCAAUUGCGAGAUGACUUUCUCCAACAUCUGAAAUCGGCGGUCGGUGGGGCCGUCGAGGUCACCUCUUUGGUGGAGCUUUGGGCCCGUUUCCUCGGCUUCACCGUCGAUCGCCUGGAACAUUCCCCGGCCGCCUUGGCAGAUGAUCUACGUCACUUGCUCACCAUCGCGUUGGUCACCUUUGACCAAGACAUUCUUCAGCAACGCGAAAUUCAUGGCGUGGUGUACGCUCUGGAGAUCACUGCCGAGGUGCAGUCGGUGAUCUUGGCGGCCUACGUGCGUGCACGGCAAACGCUGCGCAGGGUCGGUUCCAAGCACACCGCGUCCUCUGUCCUCUUGACAGCCGCGCAAGAGCGAAAAGCGAAGCUCUACGCGGUCUUUGGCGGACAGGGAAAUGACGAAGAUUAUUUCGAGGAGCUUCGAUCACUAUGGCAGACCUAUCGCCCGUUGGUCGAGGAUUUGAUCCUCUCCGCCUCGACCACUCUGCAACGGGAAAUACUGGAAGAUGGCAUCAGCCGUUUCUAUCAUAGUGGUCUCGACAUUGUCACUUGGCUCGAGAAUCCAGACCGCACUCCAUCCUCUGCCUACCUGAUCGGAGCUCCCAUCAGUAUGCCCCUGAUUGGGCUUCUGCAACUGGCAUGGUAUCGCGUCGUCGGGCGACUGGUGGGUGCCACGCCCGCUCAGCUGCAAUCGGCGUUUAUGGGAGCAACUGGUCACUCACAGGGCAUUGUGGUGGCUACAGUGAUCGCAGUCGCUCAGUCCUGGAGACAGUUCGAUGCUCUGGCACUCAGUGCGCUGCGACUACUCUUGACAAUCGGUACCUGCAGCCAGGACCAAUUCGCCGUCGCCCAGUUGCCCCCCGCGAUUGUGAACGAUGCUGAAGCCCAUGGAGAAGGCUUCCCCGGCCCCAUGCUCAGUGUAGCAGACUGCCCAAUCGACCAAUUGCGUGGCUACAUGGCGGCAGUCAACGAGUACUUGCCAUCUGACGCCCGCAUUGAGAUCGCGUUGAUCAACGGACCAAGGCACGUAGUGUUAGCGGGUCCGCCCUUGUCGCUGCAUGGCUUCAACGUCUGGAUUCGAAACGUGAAAGCCCCUGCAAAGGGAGUUCAAAAUCGAAUUCCAUUCAGCCAGCGGAAGCCUGAAAUCCACAACCGCUUCUUGCCCAUUACCACCGCGUUUCACAGCAGCUACCUCGCUGAUGUGGCCCCCGUUGUCCUUGAACGGAUCAGCGAUUUCACCAUCACGGGCGAGCAGCUAAGGAUUCCUGUCUAUUGCACCCAUACCGGAUCAGAUCUACGAAAAUAUGGGUCAGCGAAUCUCCUUCCGAAGCUGGUAUCAAUGAUUACCACGCAAGAAGUCGCUUGGCCCCGCGCUGUAAAGUUCUCCGGCGCGACGCACAUUCUGGCAUUCGGUCCUGAUGGUGCAUCGGGAAUUGGAACGCUUACGAACAGAUUGAAGGAAGGCACUGGGGUCCGUACAAUUCUCGCCACCGGCAAUUACAAUCCUCGCUCAGAGCUCGGUAAUCGGAGCGACUUCCUUGAUUGGAAUUCAGCCGUCGUGUUUGGUCCCGUGUGGCGAGAUGAGCAUCGACCUCGGCUGGUGCACAUCGCCGGUGGGGGUGUGCUCGUCGACACGAAGCUCAGUCGCCUGUUAGGUCUACCGCCGGUCAUAGUGGCUGGAAUGACACCUACCACUGCCGCUUGGGACUUCUGCGCCGCGAUCAUGCGCGCUGGCUAUCACGUCGAGCUUGCCCUGGGAGGCUUCUACAACGCCGCUCAGCUGGAAACGGCGAUCUACAAGCUUCUCGAUUCCGUUCCUGCGGGUCGCGGAGUGACUUGCAACAUGAUCUACGCUGCCCCUCAUGCAGUGAAAUGGCAAGUUCCACUGCUGGCCAAGCUGAGAGCCGCCGGUGUUCCAAUCGAAGGUCUUACUAUUGGAGCCGGUGUGCCGUCGCUGGACGUUGCCACACGAUACAUCAAAGAUCUUGGCCUCAGGCAUAUAGGUCUAAAGCCCGGUACGUUGCCUGCAAUCCACCAGGUCCUCGAGAUUGCUCGGGCGCAUCCCACUUUUCCCAUCAUUCUGCAGUGGACCGGCGGUCGUGGUGGAGGACAUCACUCCUUCGAAGACUUCCACCAACCAAUAUUGCAAGCGUACGAUGCCAUCCGUCGUUGUCCAAAUGUUAUUCUUGUUGCUGGGAGUGGCUUUGGCGGUGCCGCUGACACGUUCCCGUACCUGACUGGUGAAUGGGCGUCUUGGUAUAGCCGGCCCCUUAUGCCAUUCGACGGAAUUCUCCUGGGAAGUCGCAUGAUGACAGCUAAGGAAGCGCACACUAGUCCGGCUGCGAAACAAGCGAUUGUCGCCGCCCCUGGUCUCGAGGAGGAGGCUCAAUGGGAACAAAGUUAUACACGAUCAGCGGGUGGUAUCAUCACCGUCACCUCGGAAAUGGGUGAACCGAUUCAUAAACUUGCUACCCGUGGUGUGAAACUCUGGGCCGAAUUUGACCGCACGAUCUUCAAGCUUGAUUGUGCCAAGCGUCUUGAGUACUUGCAGAAGCACCGCGAUUCCAUCAUCAGUCGACUGAAUGCUGAUGCCGCCAAGGUGUGGUUUGGCCGCGACGGUCAGGGCAAUGUCGUGGACUUAGAGGAAAUGACAUACGAGGAGGUUCUGCGUCGCUUCCUUGCCUUGACUUACGUGGCCAGUGAGAAGCGCUGGAUUGAUCAGUCUUAUCGUGAUUUUCUCUCGGCCUUCCUUCUUCGUGUUGAGGCUCGUCUUGGUCGUCACAAUGCAGCGACGGGCGAACAGUAUGUCAUCAGCAAGCAUACUUUUUCUGAAGCCGAGAGCGAUCUCCAGUCUUUCAUCGAGAGACUCCCUGCGACUCAAGACCAGCUUAUCGGCACUCAGGAUGCGCAUUAUUUCAUUCACUUGUGCCAGCGACGUGGUACCAAGCCAGUUCCCUUCAUUCCUGCUCUGGACGAAAAUUUCGAGACCUACUUCAAGAAAGACUCUCUUUGGCAAUCUGAGGAUUUGGCUGCUGUGGUCGAUGGUGACGUUGAACGCGUUUGUAUCCUGCAAGGACCAGUCGCAGCACGGUACUCAACCGAAGUUGACACUCCCGCCGGCGACAUUCUUGAGGCUAUUCACCGGGGCCAUGUGGAACGUUUGCAAAAGACUGACCCUGACUAUGAGCAAGAUGGUAUCCCGAUCGUUGACUGCCUCAGCCCGAAUCUUGCACUCAAAGUAACUCAGCUGAGUGAGAUCGGUAUCAACUCGAUGUCAAUGGGUAGCACUGGGUCUGUGCUAUUUGAGGUGAUGCACUCAAAUGGUGCGACUGGACCUGUUCCAACCCCAUCUCUGACCGAGUGGCUCUCUGUUCUUGGAGGUACCGAGGGCGGUUGGCGUCAGGCUUUCUUCCGUGCCGAGACUAUCGUACAGGGUCGCCACAUCUGCGAGAAUCCGCUCCGGCGUCUUUUCCAGCCUACCGGAAACUCGUAUGUGAUGGUCCAGCAGGCCAACUCAAACCACAAGGCCGAACCGAUAAUCACUCUGUUCGAACAUCAAGCUCACUCUGAGCCGCUAAGAGUGGUCGAGGUGCGGAUGGACGCUCCUGGUAUCAUCACUUUGGAAAUCAUCAACCAUCGCAAUGCCGGCGGCGAUGCGGUGGGCCUUGAGCUGAAAUUCCAGUUCCGACGUGAAGCUGUCUACGCCCCCAUCCACGAGAUAAUGGAAGGUCGCAACGAGCGUGUCAAGUCCUUCUACUAUCGUGUCUGGUUCACCGGUGAUGUCCCUGAAACAUGGCCCUCGGUGCAUGAUACUUUCACAGAGACAAUGUUCGAUGUCACGGCCGAUGAUAUUGCUGAGUUUGCCCACUGUGUUCAAAAUGCCAGUGAUGCAGCGAGCAAACGCCGAGGUAAGCAAAUGCUGGCCCCACUGGACUUUGGUGUGGUCAUCGGCUGGGAGGCUUUGAUGAAACCGCUGUUCUCGAGAGAGCUGGAUGUCGACCUUCUGACCCUUGUUCACCUGACCAACGGGUUCCGAAUCCCGGCGGAUGCGGAACCGAUCCAAGCUGGCUAUGCACUGGAGACCAAGUCACGGAUCAAGGCAAUCACCAUCGAGGAUGCGGGUAAGAUGGUGGAAGUUCGCGCUGAUGUUUACCAUGGCAACAAGGUUGUCUUGGAACUCAGCAGUCAAUUCUUAUACCGUGGCUCUCACAAUGAUUGGGAGAAAAUGUUCCGCAAAGUUGACGAGGAAGAGAUGGAGUUGUGUCCUCUGAAUCCAAUGGAAGUGGCAAUGUUGAAAUCGAAGUCAUGGUUCCAUCCAAUCGACGGAUGCCUUGAUUUGCAAGGGCAAACAUUGGUCUUUGUGCUUCGAUCCACUUACCGGUACGCUAGCAAGGAAACGUUCAAAACGGUCACAACAGUGGGUGAAGUGCGGUUAAAUUCUUCUCUCCCUGGUGGUUCACGCCCUAUUGCGACCGUGGACUACCGAGCAGUCAACUGUCGCGGUAACCCGGUCAUGGACUAUCUGCAGAGACAUGGCAGUCCUGUGCAGAAGCGUGCCAUGUUUGAACAGCCCAGUGCAAUGACCAGCGAGGGAUCGUCAUUGAUUCUCAAGAUGCCCCCAUCGAACGAAGCAUACGCACACGUAUCUUGGGACUUUAACCCGAUUCACUGCUCAGCAUCACUUUCACAGUAUGCUGACCUCCCAGGUUUGAUCACCCAUGGCAUGUAUACUUCGGCUCGAGUUCGUGGUCUCGUUGAACACUAUACCUGCGCUUCCGAUAUUGGCGCUUUCCGCAGUUUCCAAUGCUCCUUCACAAGCAUGGUUCUUCCCGGGGACGAGAUUGAAGUCAUUUUCCAACACGUUGGUAUGCUCGCUGGGCGGAAGAUUGUUUCCGUUGAGGCUCGGCAUGUCGGUCGCGGUGAGACUGUUUUGCGUGGUGAGGCUGAGAUUGAGCCGGAGGAGACAGCAUUUGUCUUCACAGGCCAGGGUAGUCAGCAGAAAGGAAUGGGUAUGCAGCUUUACGAGCAAAGCAAAGCCGCACAGCAAGUCUGGGACUACGCUGAUACCUACUUCUCUGACAACUACGGGUUCCGCAUUACAGAUAUUGUCCGAAACGAUCCCAAAGAACUUACCAUCUACUUUGGUGGGCCUCAAGGUCGCUUCAUUCGUGACAAGUAUCGCAGUAUGACCCGCGAAAGCAUCGCAGAGGACGGCAGCGUCCAAUUACUGCCUCUGUUCCCACACAUUGACGAGGAUACCGAGUUUCACUCGUACUCCUCACCUGAGGGACUGCUCUCGGCUACCCAGUUCACACAGCCUGCUCUCACCCUCAUGGAGCUGGCUAUAUUUGCCGAUCUGCAAUCUCGUGGACUGAUCUCAGAGCGCAGCUCCUACGCCGGUCACUCGCUGGGCGAGUAUUCCGCUUUGGGGGCUGUGGGCAAGAUCUUCAAUGUAGAAUCACUUGUGCAGAUUGUGUUCUAUCGUGGUCUCUUGAUGCACUUUGCCGUCCCUCGCGAUGAGCGUGGAAACUCAGACUACCGCAUGUGCGCAGUUGAUCCUAGUCGUGUGGCUCGUGGAUUCGGCCAGGAAGCUCUUGAGCUGGUUGUCAAACAGAUUGCUCACAAAACACAACUUCUGCUCGAAAUUGUCAACUUCAAUGUGUUGGGCGUGCAGUAUGUGUGCGCUGGCCAGCUUCAUGCCCUGCAUUGUCUUACGUUGGUUCUGGAUCAUCUGCACGGUCUUUCAGAGAUCCCUAAGGUACUGGCGGACCUCGAUGCAUUAGUUGACAGCAAACUCGCGGACUUCAUGCGAACGAAGACCCCCACCGUUCUGACCCGCGGCUGUGCGACGAUUCCGCUCCGAGGCAUUGACGUUCCUUUCCACUCGUCGUCUCUACUUCCCGGUGUUGCCGGGUUCAGACGCUGUCUGAUGGAUUUGAUUGACAGUCAUGCUCUGGAUCUCAAGUGUCUCGUCGGUCGGUACAUUCCGAAUUUGACAGCGCGACCGUUCGAAUUGAGUAAAGAAUACUUUGAGCUUGUGCACGGGUUGACGGGCUCGAAGGCCCUUGAGAGCGUUCUUAUUGGGUGGGAUGACUACCAUGGUUCCGAAAACUCUACAGGCCUACAGAAGAUCGAGAAGGCGAUUCAGGCUAUGAAGGCGUAUUGA